AUGAUGGGCGCUCACGAUGAGCAUCCCGAGCCUUCGAUUCCCCAAAUAACGCUCCAAGCAUCCGACAGCGCAAGUCCCAACGCCCCGGACGAUGGACCUGCAAGUGAUGCCUUGACCCGAACCCGAUCGAACAGUAACUUGACCGCCAUUGUUACCCAGACAGGCCGGGAUCGAGCUAUGAGCGGGAGCACCAUGGCACCGAGCACUCCCCAGUCAGAGUUGCGCAAAGAGAAAGAUGCAUUAUCGUAUGGGGCUACCGGUAUCUAUUCCGUCGGCGAACUGGAACAGGCUCUUCAACCCGAUCCCGGGUCAGAGCGCGACUUCGUGGUGGACGAUAACCCCUUCGAGUUCUCGCCAGGACAGCUCAAUAAGCUUUUGAACCCCAAGUCCCUGCCGGCAUUUGUUGCCCUAGGCGGGCUCCCCGGCCUGACACGCGGUCUACAUACGGAUGCUUCAGCAGGUCUCAGUCUCGACGAGGCUGCGGUGGCUCAUGGUAAAUACGAGAGUACUGGGACUGCAUCCAAGGCAGCAGGGAAGGGGCCAACUGAUGUCUUCGCGGAUCGCAUCCGGGUCUAUAAGCGGAACACGCUCCCGGAAAAGAAACCGACACCCCUGUGGCGGCUCAUGUGGAUGGCGUAUAACGACAAGGUGUUGAUCCUCCUAACAGUUGCGGCGGUCAUCUCGCUGGCUCUAGGUCUUUAUGAGACAUUCAGUUCAAGCCACUCCAGCUCCAACAAGGGAGAUCAGGGUCACUCAAAACGGAGCUCGUCGGGAAUGGGCUUGGAUUGGGUGGAAGGAUGUGCGAUCUGUGUUGCUAUCGUCAUCGUCGUCAUGGUUGGUUCAUUGAACGACUACCAGAAAGAACGAGCUUUUGUUCGACUCAACAAGAAGAAGGAAGAUCGCGAGGUGACUGUUAUUCGAUCUGGGAAGACUAUCCGCAUCCCUGUCUAUGAUGUGCUGGUGGGUGAUGUCUUGAAUCUUGAGCCGGGAGAUCUAGUCCCGGUCGACGGGAUUUUCAUCGACGGCCAUAACCUUAAGUGCGAUGAGUCCUCAGCGACGGGUGAGUCAGAUCAACUGAAGAAGACUGGCGCCGAACAGGUGAUGCGUCUCCUGGAGGCGGGUCACACCCGAGUACAAGAUAUGGAUCCCUUCAUUAUAUCCGGAAGCAAGGUCCUGGAAGGCGUCGGACGAUGCUUGGUGACAUCGGUUGGGGUCAACUCCAGCUUUGGAAAGAUUCUUAUGGCGAUGCGCCAGGAUAUGGAACCGACUCCGCUGCAGAAAAAGCUGGACCACCUGGCUGGAGCCAUCGCCAAACUCGGUAGCAGUGCUGCUCUCCUGCUAUUUUUCGUGCUCCUGUUUCGAUUCCUGGGUGGCUUGUCGAGCAACACGGGCACCAGCGCCGAGAAAGCCUCCCAGUUCACCGACAUCCUGAUUGUCGCCAUCACCGUGAUUGUGGUCGCCGUGCCGGAGGGUCUCCCGCUGGCCGUUACUCUGGCCCUUGCAUUUGCGACCACCCGAAUGGUGAAGUCGAAUAACCUUGUUCGAGUCCUCAAGUCGUGCGAGACGAUGGGAAACGCCACUACCGUGUGCUCCGACAAAACUGGCACUUUGACACAGAAUCGGAUGACCGUGGUUACUGGCUCAUUUGGCAAUGCGGAUUUCGACGACAAGAACCAGACUGGACACGAACGACGAUCGCCAGAGUUUGCAGGCAUGCUCCCUGACGAGCAGAAGUGCAUGAUCAUCGAGUCGAUAGCGAUCAAUUCCACCGCCUUUGAGGGCGAGGAGAAUGGGGUCCCAGGGUUUGUCGGUUCCAAGACAGAGACAGCGCUCCUGGGAUUUGCUCGUGACGUGCUCGGAAUGGUGUCUCUGGUCGAGGAGCGAGCCAAUCUGCCUACAGUACAGUUGAUGCCGUUUGAUUCCGGCCGCAAGUGUAUGGGAGCUGUGGUCCAGCUUCCUACCGGUCAAUACCGAUUCCUGGUGAAGGGCGCGGCUGAGAUUCUCCUUGGCUGUAGCUCCACGUACUGGACGCCCUCUGGACAGCAGGCCAUGUAUGCUGAUGAGCGUGGGAGAUUCGAAGAGAUUAUUCUGGCUUAUGCGCAGCAGUCUCUUCGGACGAUCUCUCUGGCCUAUCGCGACUUUCCUGAGUGGCCGCCAGAAGAUGCUGUGGACCCUGCCGAUUCCUCUGCAGCGGACUUGAGCCUGUUGUUGAAGGACAUGUCCUUGCUCGGCGUAGUUGGAAUUCAGGAUCCAAUCCGUCCCGGUGUACCAGAGGCAGUUGCCAAGUGCCAUCACGCCGGAGUCACUGUACGAAUGGUGACCGGCGAUAACAUGGUCACUGCAAAAGCGAUUGCAACUGACUGUGGGAUUUACACAGGUGGUGUCAUUAUGGAAGGGCCUGAUUUCCGCCGACUGACAGACGAGGAGCUCGAUGAAGUUUUACCCAACCUUCAGGUCCUUGCUCGCUCCUCUCCAGAAGACAAGCGCAUCCUCGUCACGCGAUUGAGAGCUCUGGGAGAGAUUGUGGCCGUGACUGGCGAUGGCACCAACGAUGGGCCCGCUUUGAAAGCAGCAAACAUCGGGUUCUCCAUGGGCAUUGCCGGCACGGAGGUUGCCAAAGAAGCGUCCGCUAUUGUACUAAUGGACGACAACUUCGCAUCUAUUUUGACAGCCUUGAUGUGGGGACGCGCUGUCAACGACGCCGUUCGGAAAUUCCUUCAGUUUCAAAUCACAGUCAACAUUACCGCUGUCUUGUUGACAUUCAUUUCUUCGGUCUCGGAUCCCGAGAUGCGAUCUGUUUUGACAGCCGUACAGCUGCUGUGGAUCAACCUGAUCAUGGACUCCCUCGCCGCUCUCGCCUUGGCGACGGACCCUCCCACGGAGCAGAUCCUCAACCGGAAGCCAAUAAAAGGUGGUGCGCCGCUUUUUUCUGUCACCAUGUGGAAGAUGAUUAUCGGCCAGUCUAUCUUCCAGCUGACGGUGACUCUCAUCCUGCACUUCGCCGAGGGGCCUGGCUUUCUCGAUUGGCCCGACCUCGAGAGGCGAUCAGUGGUGUUCAACACGUUCGUCUGGAUGCAGAUUUUUAACGAACUCAACAACCGACGGCUGGACAACAAGUUCAAUGUGUUUGAAAACCUCCACCGCAACUGGUUCUUCAUCGGCAUCAACAUCCUCAUGAUCGGCUGCCAGGCGGUGAUCGCCAACUUUGGUGGGGUCGCAUUCAGCAUCACGAAGAUCAACGGCAUCCAGUGGGCCAUCUGUAUCCUCGUGGCGGCGCUCAGUCUCCCCUGGGCGAUGUGCAUCCGAACCUUUCCUGAUUCUUGGUUCGCAGCGGUUGCACACGUGGUCGGUACCCCUUUUGUGCUGGUCUAUCGGCCUUUGAGGCGCGGCGUGCACACUCUUGGCCGUCCAUUGAGCCGCGGAAUGCGCCGUUUGUGGUCUCGCAAGGAGAACGAUCCGGACAAGUCCGAUGCCAGCGACGUGGAGAAAGGGGUGUCCAAUUAG